UGUCAUGUGACGCUGGAGUAAAUAAUCAUCCUCAGUUGUUGUAGUCAUCUCACAUUUGAUUAGAAAAUGCUCUCUCGACUGCUAAAGGAACACCAGUCAAAACAGAGCGAACGGAAGGAACUUCAAGAGAGGAGGCGAAAGGAGGCGAUUGCUGCCGCCACUGCCCUCACGGAGGCGUUGGUGGAUCACCUGAAUGUCGGGGUGGCCCAGGCCUAUGUUAACCAGCGUAAGCUGGAUCACGAGGUGAAGACUCUGCAGGUGCAGGCCGGCCAGUUCGCCAAGCAGACGGCCCAGUGGAUCACCAUGGUGGAGGGAUUCAACCAGGCACUCAAGGAGAUUGGUGAUGUGGAGAACUGGGCGCGGAGCAUCGAGAUGGACAUGAGGACCAUCGCCACCGCACUGGAAUACGUCCACAAAGGCCAGCUGCAGGCCUCGUGAACACACACGCACACACACACACACACACACACACACACGCGCACACACACACACACACACCCUGGCAUCACUGCUGAUGGACUAACAAACACUCCUCUCCACCUGCUGAUGAGGACUUCUGUGGACUGUGGAGAGCCAAGCCGUUUGGACCGGCUAAUGUUUUUUAAAAGGAUUGUUUUGGUUGCGAGUUGGUUUUUGAAUGGCCCUGGAAUGGUGGUCUGAAAUCAAGCAUUUCUUGUCUCUAUUUAUUUACGUGAGGACCAAAACUAACCAAACAAGAUAUUUUUUUCCUGCCUUAAAGUAAUAGAGCUGCGUCCGGAGACAAGAUGCCGUAAUAUGUUUUCUACAGCUAAAACUUGAUGCAUGUGCUGAAAAGUGAUGUGUGCCACUUAAAAUCGAGGUAACAGAAACACAGUUUUUGUUUGGCAGCCACCUUUGUUUUUGUUUACUGUAUGGUACUGUAUGAUUGAUUUUACAAACCUUGUUUUGAAACAGCCUGAUUAAGUUCCAAUUCACACCUCUGAAAUGACAAAAGCGCCCUUUGAGGAGUAAGGGCCUCUGCACACUGGCUCCGACAAAGUGCGGCACACUUUUGCUUCCAACAGAAUUCGGACCCCCAAACCCAAUUUCACCCGAACAUUGCAUUGAUAGUCAAUGGGCGGCGCCGGCAAAAUAGAACUUGUCUCUAAUUGCUAUCCGACAUCGGAGAAUGUCCGCGGACAUCGGCGCCAGUGUGCGUGGUUCUAUUGAAAACAAUGGAAUCGAAUUUUAGCUGAGCAGUGCUCAGCACUUUGUCGGAGCCGGUGUGCGGAAGCCCUAAGGCUUUCCCCCCAGUUCUUCUAGAAUUUUAAUCGAACACUCUACAGCUCUCGUAGAAGUCUGUGUUAAAAAUUCUAAUGACAUCAUAAUGAGAACUCAAAAUUUUGGCAAAUUCUAAUAACAUACAGUAUUUGUGAUGGUACUCAAAGGGUUAAAAAAGACAAGGUAUGGAUCAACCCAUUCAAAUCAAUCUACGCAAGUUACAGAGGUCGAGUACCCCAACUGUCCCCACGUCAGAGGUCGAGUACCCCAACUGCCCCUAUGUCACCUCAGGUCACUUGUUAAGAACGUGCCACCUGUCAUGUGAGCCAGGAAAAGUGAAUGGGUGUGUAAAGUAGGGCGCCCUCUUGGGGAGGUUAGUAAGAUUACACUUUGCAGUGACUAGUAGUUACUUGGCAGGUAAAGAGGUAAAUUGAUCGCUGGAAAAGAACAAAUUAUAUGCAGACUGUGCUAAAACUAAUAUGUCUACUGCACUUGUGUGUGAGUCUUACUGAAUGGCAGUUUCCAUGUGUUUUGUUGUAAUAAAUAACUAAAGUGUG